AUGCCGCGAGGUAUCUCCGUCUCAGCCGAUCUUAGACAAUUACUUUACAAUGCUAAAUAUUCAGACAUAUCCGUAGUAUGCUCUGAUGGAGAGCUACCAGCUAUCCGUUCCAUCCUUGCAGCACGCUCCGAGGUGCUCGACAAUCAACUUUACUCAUCAUCCACAACCACAUCCACUAUAUCGUUCCCGGACAUAAAAAUCUCUGCCAUGAAAGCGAUCCUAGAGUUUUUGUAUACGGGUGCAAUCGGCGAUAACGUGCUAACAAUCGACAAUGCGAUCGAGACAUACCACGCGGCCGAUUGCUUUCAACUAACUCCAUUAAAAGAUGAUAUUGUGUUGUACGUUCGAGAAACUCUAAAAGACUCUCAUAUCGAUUUGGCUGCCAAACUAUUGUCAGAAGCAGCAGAGAAGAUGCAGUCUAGAAUAGACAAUCCUCUCUUCAAACUGCUUUCGAAGCGAGUGGCUGCAACUCCGCUUCACUCGAUUCGCUACGAUAGACUCAAUUCGGAAGCACUGCAAGUACUAUUAUCUCAAACAUUGAACAAAAAGGAUGAAUUCUUUGCUACACCCGAAUACGGCGUAGUCAGAUAUGUUGUCUUGUGGUCGGCUAAUACAGUCUCUCCCAAAGCACUGAAAUUUUAUGAUACCCAUCUUCCAACAACGGAAUCCAUUGAACGUAGUAUUCCCAAGGAAGCAUUGUCCGAAGCAGCAUUGUCUGACCCUGGAUACACAGACUCCAAAGACCAAAUGACAAAGCUAAUAACACCGAUUGCCAAGAAUAUAGACUUGAGCUUGCUCCAUCCGGACGUUAUUGCGAAUAUCAUUGAGCCGUUGGACAUCUUUCCCGCGCGUAAACUACUUGAAGCUUAUCGUUUCCAUUCAACGAACAAGAUCUUUAGUAACGAUCGUCGUGGUUUGCCUCCAUUCCGCUGGGAUCGUUCGUUCUGUGGUAAUGGCCUUGUGCUUAGUGAUCAAGGCACGGUUGUUUCUGCGCCACCCACCGUGACAUUACAUCAAUCUGUCCGGGCGGUAAAUUGUUUUUCAAGUCCUAGAGUGUAUGAAUGGGAUGUCGUUAUUGAAGAAACCUGUGGAUGGGCUUGGGUAGGUAUAGUUGAUUCUAAUGAGGAACAGAUCGAUUAUCAAAUAUUUCUUGGAGGACAGAAUGGUGCAUGGAUAUUGGGGAGUAAUGGAUCGUCCUAUCAUGAGAAGUUGACCAAACAGCAUGUAGUGCCAUCUUUUGAAUCGAAUGGAACGACAGUCACUGUGCACUUGGAUUUGAGGAGGAAAACUAUGGCUUUUUCGAUUGACGGGACAAAGCAUCCGGAAGCCUUUACAAAUUUGCCAGAUAAAGUACAUCCCGCAGUGUCAUUAGUUGGGAGUGGGAGAUUUAAGAUUUUGCCACAUAUGUAA